ACGGAAUUUCCUAUGUAUACCCCUUUCUAAUAUUAUCUGAUCUGAACUGAUCUAAGAGGUUACAGCACUUAAAAUUUAGCACUGAAUAAAUAGGAUUAUUUAUGGAAUAAGGCAAACUAUGUAGAAUAAAGAUAUAUAGAGAUAGAUAGAUAGAUACCUGCAAAAAAAUAUAUUAAAUUAUGGGUUUAAAACAAUAGGCAACCUUGUACAUAACGGAAUGAUUGUUUACAUAUUUUCCACAGAAAGAAGAGAGAAAUACAUUUUUCUCAAGAAAAAGGAAGCACCAGAUGAACAUGUGGAAUAACACAAAACCUUCUUACUUUAUCUUGUUAGGACUAACUAAUGACUCUACCCUUCAGAUCUUCUUGUUUGCUUUAUUUUUACUCUUCUAUAUCAUGACUCUUCUGGCUAAUAUUGGCAUCAUGGCAACCAUCAAAGCAGAUUCUCGACUCCAUACACCCAUGUACUUUUUCAUAAAUAACCUUUCUUUCCUAGAUCUUUGUUAUUCCACUAUAAUAACACCAAAGACCUUAGAAACAUUAUUGUCAGUUACCAAGUCCAUUACUUUUUUUGAGUGUGUCAUGCAGAUGUAUUUGUUUGGUGCUUCUGUUAGUCUUGAGUGUUUUUUGCUAGGGAUAAUGGCCUAUGAUCGCUAUAUUGCUAUUUGUAACCCUCUAUUGUACAUAAUAGUUAUGAACAAGAUGUUCACUAGACAGCUUAUAGGAUUUGCCUACCUUGGAGGGUAUCUCAACGCAACAAUUCAUACCUCCUGUACGUUUCAACUGCCAUUCUGCCGAAGUAACAUAAUAGACCACUUUUAUUGUGAUGUCCCCCCUCUUUUAAAGCUGUCGUGUGUUGAUACUACUAUGAAUGAACUUGUGAUGUUUAUCUUUGGAGGUCUUGCUGAAUUUAGUUCACUCAUAACUAUUGUGGUAUCCUAUAGUUAUAUUAUUUCCACUAUAAUGAAUAUCCAAUCCCAGCAGGGCAGGAAGAAAGCAUUUUCCACUUGUGCAUCUCACCUAAUGACAGUUGGUUUGUUCUAUAGCACCAUCGUCUUCAUGUACAUGCGACCAUCCUCUAGUUACUUUAUGAGCCAGGAUAGAGUGGCUUCAGUAUUUUACACCAUGAUCAUUCCUAUGCUAAACCCACUGAUCUAUAGCUUAAGAAACAAGGAGGUAGCAGGAUCAUUGAGGAAAAUUAGAGAAAAACAUAUAGCAAAAAUAUUAUAGAAUAUAAAAGGUAGCUAUCAAAGCUUUACAGAUUUUUACUUUAUUUUUUAACAAAACAGAUCUUUUGCUCUUUUAAAACAAUAAUAGCCGCCAUAUUAAUUCAUGUAAUCAAACAUGUUUUGUGCACCUGUCCUCUUAAAGCUGUAAAAAAAAGUUUCAACGGUUUAAGUAGAAUUUUUAAAUAUGAAUUUUUAAUCUAAAGUCUU